UCCAAAGAUAAACACUCAUAGUCCUUUACACUUGUAUAUACUCCUUAUUCCAACCUAUUCAGCACAAACUCACAAACAACUUACUUGUCUAUAUUUCUUCUAAUAGUUUUUACUUUGAUUCUGCAAUGGCUGCUUCAACAAUGGCCCUCUCUUCGCCAGCUUUGGCCGGAAAGGCAGUCAAAGUAGCUCCAUCUUCAUCUGAGCUCUUUGGAAAUGGAAGGAUUUCCAUGAGAAAGUCUGUCAAGGCACCAGUGUCUAACAGCCCAUGGUAUGGUCCAGACCGUGUCAAGUACUUAGGCCCUUUCUCCGGUGAGGCCCCAUCUUACCUCACUGGUGAAUUUCCAGGUGACUACGGUUGGGACACUGCUGGGCUCUCAGCUGACCCCGAGACUUUUGCCAAGAACCGUGAACUCGAAGUGAUCCACUCCAGAUGGGCCAUGCUUGGAGCCCUUGGGUGUGUGUUCCCAGAGCUCUUGGCUCGUAAUGGUGUCAAGUUUGGUGAGGCCGUGUGGUUCAAGGCUGGAUCGCAGAUCUUCAGUGAAGGCGGACUUGACUACCUGGGAAACCCAAGUUUGGUACAUGCUCAGAGCAUCUUGGCUAUUUGGGCUACCCAAGUUAUCUUGAUGGGGGCCGUUGAGGGCUACCGUGUUGCUGGAGGACCUCUUGGUGAAAUCGUCGACCCACUUUACCCUGGAGGAAGCUUUGACCCAUUGGGACUUGCUGAAGAUCCAGAGGCAUUUGCAGAGCUCAAAGUGAAGGAACUGAAGAAUGGAAGACUAGCCAUGUUCUCGAUGUUUGGUUUCUUUGUACAAGCUAUUGUGACAGGAAAGGGACCAUUAGAGAACUUAGCUGACCACCUUGCAGACCCUGUAAACAACAAUGCCUGGGCUUUUGCCACUAACUUUGUCCCCGGAAAGUGAGAGACAUAGUUUAUUCAGUUUGUAAUAUUUAUGUUAUGAGUAGAGUGUGCAAUGUAAAUUGAUCUCAUUUUUCAGUCCAAAAGGUCUAAUUUCCAAGGUGGUUUUUACUGA